AUGAGACUCGACCGCGCCAACCCACAGCCCUUCUACCACUACUUCAACAAAAUCUGGACCCCAAUCCGGAGCUCACCAGACAUCACCAGAAAUCUCAGCACUUCUAAUGUUUAUCAAAUCCUCAGGAAAAAUGUAACCAGAAUCCGACUAACAACCUGGAACAUCGACUUCCAAACCCCCUUGGGCUGCGAACGCAUGGCCGCAGCACUGGAGUACCUAUCCCACCAGCACAGCACCCAGAAUCCCGCGUCCCAGCACGACGACGAGACCCCAUCAAUCAUCUUCCUCCAGGAGAUGGUCGAGUCGGAUCUCCAGCUUAUCCAGGAAUCGGGCUGGGUCCAGGAGAAGUUCUUCAUCACCGAUAUCAGCUGCGAUCGUUGGCGCGGGUAUUAUGGGACGACGACGAUGAUCGAUAAACAGUUGGUUGUGCAGGGUGUAUUCCGGGUGCCGUAUUCGAGUUCAAGGAUGCAGAGGGAUGCGUUAUUUGUUGAUGUUGAUGUGGGUUCUGGUUCUGGUCCCCCUGGGGCCGAGGGUGGUUGUAUCUUACGGCUGUGCAAUACACAUCUUGAGAGUCUUGUUUCCAGUCCGCCCAGACGUCCGGAACAGUUACGUCUCGCCUCCAGCUUCAUGCAUGGGUCUGGCCCUGCGCCUGCGCCUGCCCCUGAGGAUGAGGGUGAGUAUACGCCGCCGACUCCCCAUGCAGCUAUUCUGGCAGGCGACCUCAACGCCUUUGCGCCGGAGGAUCGCUCCGCGCCGGAGGAGUGUGGUCUUAGAGAUGCGUUCUUGGCUCUGGGCGGGAGAGAGGGAACGGAGGAGAGUUUCACGUGGGGUCAGCAGGUGCCGGCUUGGAUGAGGGAGAAGUUUGGGUGUAGUCGUAUGGAUAAGAUCUUGUAUUGUGGUGGGGUUGAGGCGAAGAGUCUGAAAAGGAUUGGGGAUGGGGUUACGGUGAGGGUUGAUUUGCGGGGAGAUCACUCUGACAGCGAACAUGACGACGAAUCUGAAGACGAAUAUGAAGAUGUCUGGGUCACGGAUCACUUGGGUCUACAGGGGGAGUUUGAAGUCUUGUCGUCUGGCUGUUGA